UGUGGCCAACCAACCUCUCUUCCAUGGAUAACUCAAUGGCCUCAGCCAGGCACCACUCGACUCAUCCACGCCGCCAUGGCCGCUCCCCUCUCCAACCUCAACGCCACAUCGACUCCGCCGAACCUCCACAACCCGAGCAAAAGAUCGCCGGCCGGAGUCACCACUUUCUCCCCCUCCAAUUUCAAAUCUCCCCCUCCAUUAAUAUCAAGAAGAGCUUCUCUAGGCCUCUCCACGGCGGUCACUCUGUUUCAGCAGCUGGGGAUCCGGCCAUCGACGGCCGCCGAGCAGGUGGACACGCCAGGUGACAACGGCCUGUGGCUGACCGGCCCCAUUCCCUCUCCGACCGUCACCAACAAGAUCGAGAACAAGGAGACGGGAACGAGGUCGUUCCUGAGGAAUGGGAUCUUCAUGGCGGAGAUCGGGGAGAUGACUGCGUACCGGCUGAAGCACUACGCCUUCGAUCUGCUGGCUCUGGCCGACCUGAUCGAGCAAAUGGACGCGUGGAACUACGUGAGGAUGUACCUGUGCCUGCGCUCCACCGUCAUGUACUACGACUUCGACAAGGUUAUCUCCGCCGCCGCCGACGACCAGAAGCCGCUUCUCACCGACCUCGCCAAUCGACUCUUCGACAGCGUCGAGAAGCUUGAAGCGGCAGUGAAGCAGAAGAGCGAGCCGUUGACGAGGUCGUGCUACGCUGAGACAGAAGUGAUUCUCAAGGAAGUAAUGAGCCGAAUGGCUUGAUUUGAACACAAGCUGCUGUAGUUUUGCUUUUGAUUUAUUACUCGAAAAUCUUUUGGUAAUAAUCUUCUUUGAAUCAGAGGCAAAUGCUGUUCAAAAACUUAUCCAUGAAGGCAAUGACAUCAUUAAAUAGCCCUACAUUCCAAUGA